AUGGAUGCCUUGAAAAAGUUCAAGCCUUUCCUCGUUUGUCAUGAGGAUGGCGGGCUUCCUGCCCGUUUGGUGGGGGAAAGCGAUAUUCGGAGUUGGCCACCUACUGAAGAGAUGAUGUUCGAGCUUGAGUGGCAGGAUGGCGAGGAGCUUUGCGACGAGGUGGAUUUGAAGUCCCGCAUAUCAGGGAGAGCCGUUCAUCGCGGCUGCCGCGUGCGCUUGACGACUCACCGCCUGUUCUGGCGUGCUGUGGGGCACAACAGCUGGUUGGCACUACGUUUGGAUGCCAUUGAGAGCCUGGAGAAUUGGGGUGGAAUGCUUCGAUCCCUUCGCUGCAUGUUGAGACUGUCAUGUGGCACCCCAGCGUAUGUGAAGGGCUCCUCGGAACCAGUGACCCUAGAUCUUUUGAUGGAGGUUCGCACUGCUGUGCAGAAUGGACGGUGGUGUGAUGGUUCCUACGAGGUUGCAGCGCAGGCCGGUCUUCAGCGGCUUCUCAACAACCAGGUGUCCAAACAGCAGGCAACUGGGGCCACACUUGACGUUGCCUUGGCUGAUCUCGAUUCUUUGAGGCGACAUGCAGCAGAAGCCGCCAAAGCCGCAAAACAGGUUGUGUCUGGCCUUUCCCGACCAGGUGCUGGCUACGAAGGUGCAGCCCAGGUUGACAGCGACGUCAGCAAGCUGCUGGAGGACUUUGGCCUUUUGCAAGCGGAUGGCAGCACGAUUUCGAUGUCCGGUGGUCAAAAGAAGGAUGACAUCGUUGAAGAUGUUAGAAAGGUCUCUACAGCAGCCCUGGAGAAGAAGGGUGCUGGGUCACUGCUGUUGGCACAUGAUGUCUUUUGCUUGGUAAAUCGAGCACGAGGAACUGCAUUGGUGUCGCCUGGAGAGGUAAUACAGGCGUUGCGGUCCUGUUGCAAGCCUGGUGGGCCAUUGCGAAUGAGAAAGCUUGGGUCAGUCGGUGCUCUCGCAGUGGCAUUGGCGAGGACCAGCGAUGCCGAGAUGGAUGCACCCCUCAUGAAAAUGUUGGAGGAGGCGCCGCUUUCUGCGUUCCGGGUCUCCGCCGAGUUGAAGAUCACGGCAGCAGAGGCUCGGUACUUGCUACAAGAUGCUGAGCAAAGGGCCAUCUUAGCACGAGAUGACGCACCAGAAUGUGUCUACUUUUAUAGGAACUUCUUCAACGACUAUUGA